CUCUUUCAGAUGUGAAUGGAGAUGGAAAGAUGGAUAUUCAUGAGUUCAGCAUUGCAUGCAAACUUAUUAACCUGAAACUCAGGGGAUUUAACCUUCCCCAGACCUUGCCAGUUUCUCUCAAACAGUCAGCUUGUCCACCAAGCUCUGCUGGUUCUACCCCCAUUCUGCCUGGAGUAGCUCAAGCCCAAGGUUCUACUGCUGUUGCUGCCUCUGUAAAUGCACCAGCCUCAGUUGCUACCCCAGAAAUGAUGGCUGGAACUGCAGGUAUCAGACCAGUUCAACCUAGUGUACCAGGUGGUAUUCCCUUGCCAGGAUUGGUCAACCAGGCAAUGCCUACACAGCCCCUAGUCGCAGCUCCUAUGGGAGCAGUGCCAGGAGCUGUACCUCAGACAUCCAUGCCAGCUGCACCUGUUGGUGUUGUGAAUAUGGCCAGACCACCAGCUGCUCCCAUGGUUGGUGCUCCUGUAGCCCAAGUUGCCCCUAAUAUGGCACAACCUAUUCAGGCUGCAGUUCCUCCAGUGAGUGGUGUAGCAGCAGUAGGACCAGUGGCAAGUGUUCCUCCAGCUCCAGCUGCAGCUCCAGUUCAACGUACAGGAAGUCAGGACUCAGGAGGUGCACAGACACCAGGGGAAUGGGCAGUCCCUCAAGCCAGUAAACUUAAAUAUACACAAGUAUUCAACAUGACUGAUAGAGCCAAAUCUGGCUAUCUCUCUGGUGUGCAAGCAAGGAACAUUCUCAUCCAGUCUCAGCUCCCUCAACAGGCUCUUGCUCAAAUAUGGGCUUUGUCAGAUGUGGACAAUGAUGGGCGUUUAUCAUGUGAGGAAUUUGUUCUAGCCAUGUACCUUUGCGAAUCGGCAAAGGCAGGGAACAAAAUUCCAACAGUCCUUCCAGCAGAUCUGAUCCCACCAACUAACCGUCGUCAAAGAACGUCAAGUAUCCAUUCUGCAGGAUCUGGUGGUACACCAGUUUCUGAAGUUCUAGGAGCUGCUAAUGAUAAUACCUUUGAAGAUAAACGAAGGGAAAACUUUGAAAAGGGCCAAGCAGAAUUAGAGAGAAGACGAAAGGCUCUCCUAGAUGCUCAGAGACGAGAGACAGAAGAGAGGCUCCGAAGAGAACGAGAAGAAGAAGCAAAAAGAGAGAAAGCACGUCUUGAUGCUGAAAGAAGGAGACAAGAAGAGCUUGAGCGCGAAAUGCAAAGGCAGAGAGAAGUAGAAGCACAACGAGAGCAGGAAAGAAAACGUCAAGAGGAAAUGAGGGAGCAGGCUCGGAAAGAUGCAGAACUACAAAGACAGCAAGAAUGGGAAAAGCAGCGGCUCCAAGAGUUAAUGAAUGUUCGCCAGAGACAACAGGAAAAUCUGCUUUCCCUAAAGGCUAAAAACCAGAGUCUCACCAUUGAACUGUCAACAAAGGAGGACAGGGUAAAGGAACUGACACAGAAGAUAAGUGAAACAAGGGUAGGUGUGACAGAGGUUAAAGCAACAAUUGACACAAUGAGGUCCACACGAGAUACAUACAUGGCGGACAUGAACCAGCUCAAGGCUUCAGCACGAGAUCAGAACCAAAGGUUAUUGGCUCUUAACCAAGAGAAGGCCCGCCUGAAAGCUCGAAACUCGGCUGCUGCUGGUGCCAGUGGGAUCGAACAAGCUGCUGUUGAUGCAUCAUUAGCCAAUAAGCAAAUGGUUAUAAAACAGCUGCAGGAGAAGGUAGAAGAAUUACAGAAAGAGUUUUCUAUGAAGGAAGAGGAUGUAAACAAUAAUAUCACUGACCUCACUGCUAUGAAGAAUGACUUGCAAGCAACAGCUGAGAGGUGCAGGGAAAUCUUCACUGAAUACUCAUCAAAACGAGAGCAGGUGUUAGGUCUCCGAGAGAAGCUUGUAAAUCCAGAUGCUGCCUGGGGCGACGAUGCCAGCUCAGCUUGGGCAGGUAAAGGGUUUGGCAGUGGUGGGACUAGUGCUUGGAAUGCAUGGCCCACCACUGAGCCCAAAGAUGCAUGGCCCAGUAGCAGAGCUGAUGAUAGUGGCCCCACCAGUAUUCCACAGCCUGAGCAGGAGCAACACAAACCACAGGAGCCGACAGAGCAUCAUCUUCCUCCAGCACGCCCCCCGCCCCCCUCCACUACCACCACCAACAUGCCCUCCAUGGCCACUACUGGCACUGUUCAUGAGGAGGAGGCACAACCCCCAGCCCCCCAGGGAUUCCCAGCUACUCAGAAGGAUAUCUGGGGCUCCAACACUACCAGUGCAGUGGGCUGGGGGGUCCACACUUCCACACCCCACUCCUCCUCCACUACCACCCCAACCACCACCACUUCCACUAUACACCCAGAGCCAACUGCAACAACAGAAGCGGAGCCAAGUGCUGGUGGAGCUCUUCGGUACAGAGCUCUCUAUCAGUUCGAUGCUAGAAAUCACGAUGAAUUAUCCUUUAUGCCAGGAGAUAUUAUCACUGUGACAAUGAGUGAAAAUGCUGAACCAGGCUGGCUGGGAGGGGAAUUACGUGGCCAGACUGGCUGGUUCCCUGAGGCAUAUUGUGAAGCUAUUGAGGAUAAAGCUGAGCCAGUGGUUCCUAGUGAGACUCAAGAUCGCACACAGUUAGAGAAUAUACCUGAGGAAAUAGUGUCAGCACCUGCAGAGCAAAAGAAAUUAGGUGAAGCUGUAGGUGUGUUCCCUUGGAGAGCAAAGCAGAACAAUCAUCUUUCCUUCAAUAAGGGUGACCGCAUUGUUGUCAGAGAGCAACAGGAUCAAUGGUGGUAUGGUGAACUAAAUGGCGCUGGAGGUUGGUUCCCUCGCUCAUUUGUAAAAAUGGUUUCGGGACCAGAGGCGACAACAUCCCCAGUCAGCAGUCCACAAGAGGCUCCAGCAGAGCCCCCGAUGCCAGAAAAUUUGGUUAAUGAUGAAAUAUCUGAGUACUACCAAGCUCUUUAUCCAUAUCAGUCUGGAGAACCUGGUGAUCUCACCUUCAAUGCUGGUGAUAUUAUUUUGGUUGUCAAAAAAGAAGGAGAUUGGUGGCAUGGUAUCAUAAAUCAGAAAUGUGGUAUCUUCCCAUCAAAUUAUGUGCAGAUUCUUCCAAAUCAGUUUAUUACCACAAGAACUGGAGACACUGUUGCCGAACAGAAUGGUGUGAUGGGCGCCCAGAUUCAACAAGAUGUUGAAGCAGAAAUGAAUCCUGUAGCUGAGCAACAGGUAGUCACUGAAGAGAACAAGGAGCAGAAAAAAACACCUGCAGAGCCAACAACAGUUCAGACACCUGACUCUGCUAAUCUCAAAGUCAAUCAGGACGACGAACAAGAAAAUAAGGCCGGAAAAGGAAAGAAGCCAGAGAUAGCGCAAGUCAUUGCUCCGUAUGAUGCUACUAGUGGUAACCAGCUGAGCCUGCAGCGUGGGCAGUUGGUCAUGAUCCGGAAGAAGACCGCGUCAGGAUGGUGGGAAGGAGAACUGCAGGCAAAGGGCAAGAAACGACAGAUUGGUUGGUUCCCUGCGACAUACGUAAAGGUACUCGGUGGAUCAUCGCGUUCCACGCCUGUUUCAAUGGAGCUGACCAAUCGGGAAGAUGCCCCGCCAGACUGUGUUCAGUCUCCCCAGUCAGCUCAACCCCAGGUCACUCAGGUCACGAUAACACCCCCGGCAGAUGAUCCAAUGGCAGGCCUCACUGAUGCUUCCAAUGGAUUUGCAGAACAAGUUGAAGCACUAUACCCCUACACUGCAAUGAACGACGAUGAGCUCACCUUCGAAGCAGGUGCCAUUAUUUCAGUGAUUGACAAGGAAGAUGCAGCUUGGUGGAAGGGAACACUGAAUGGAGUCAUUGGUGUCUUCCCCUCCAAUUAUAUUCAGCCUUAUUCGCCAAACAAUGCCGCAGCGAGUGGGACACCUGAAGGAGAAUUCUCUCUCUGUUAUCGGGAGAAACAAAAUUACGGCUCAGGAGACAGGCACACCUGGCAUUUCAACCCCUCGUCUCCAAUUGAACAAAAACGACAAAAUGUUAUUCAAGAAAUAAUAAACACAGAGGCAUCAUAUCUGUCUGAACUUCAGUUAGUGGAGCAGGCAUUUGUACAGCCAAUGCGCACAUCCACCAUUGUAACCGAGAAGGAGCUUGAUCUCAUCUUUGUCAACUGGAGCGAGCUCAUCCUUGUGAAUUCCUACUUUGAUAAGGCUCUGAAAGUUAGAUGUGUGAACAGUCAAGGAAGUUUCAUCACCAUGAUUGCAGAUGUUUUGUGCCAGCAGAUUGCACAAUUAACACCAUACCUAAGGUUUUGCAGUUUACAAAUCCAAGGAGCAACUUUAUUAGGAGAGAAAUGCAGUGCUGGAGGGCCAUGGGCAAACCUUAUUAAACAGUGCCAAGAACAGCCAGCUGUCAGGGGCUUGACUCUUACAUCAUUCUUGCUGAAACCCAUGCAGAGGAUAACCAGAUAUCCAUUACUUAUAAAAGAAUUACUGAAAUAUACACCUGAGGGUCAUCCUGAUCAUCACAAUUCCCAAGAAGCUCUUCUGGCAGCAACUACCCUUUGUGCACAGGUUAAUGAAGCAGUUAGCCAGAGAGACAAUACAGAUAAGUUAGAAUGGAUGCAAAGACAAGUUAUAUGUGAAGGAUUACAAGAAAGGCUGGUUUUUAAUUCCCUUACAAAUACAUUAGGUCCACGUAAACUUCUUCACACAGGUGUUUUACAUAAGACCAAAAGUAAAAAAGAGCUGGUGGUUUUUCUCUUGAGUGAUUUCUUACUGCUGACAACACCAAGCAAGUCUGUGGCUUCUCACACAUCCUUGGCUGCCUUGGAGAGAGCUCUCACAGCAGUGUCUUGUACCAUGUACAGGAAGCCAAUGUUUUUGACUGACGUUAGAAUUGAAGUUGACAAAGAGUCUGAACUCUCUUUCACACUGACGAGUCCUUCAUGUGGGGACGUUGCUGUUUCUGCACCGACACCCCAUGAGAGAGGCAACUGGUUGAAGAAAAUUGCAAUAGCUCAGAAACACAUCUCAGAUACAGAAAGAUCUAUUCUUCAGAGAAAACACUCGAAAGAGAAAGACUUGAGCAUAAUGGGCCGUGUGCUAGUUACAGUCAUGGCUGGAGUCUCUUUGUAUGAGAGACAAAGUGAUGGCACGCUUCAGUCUUUCUGUGAAGUAAGUUUAGGAUCCCAGGUUCAUCGAACAAGCAUUGCUGCCUCUCCUCAUCCGAAGUGGGAUUCCACCAUGCAGUUCCUGGUCAAGGCUCUCGCUGAAGACGUCCUCUGCAUUACUGUCUACGAGAAAGGUUACUUCAAGCCAAAUGAGUUCUUGGGAAGAACAGAGAUCAAAAUAAACCAAGUGCAUGAAGAGUCGAAGAACCAGCCAGGAACACAGCCUCAAGUCCAUAAGUUACAGCUUCAGGAAGUUAAAUCUGGAGAAGUCAUCCUGAAAAUUUCACUUCAACUUUUUGAGCGUUCUUAAGUUUUGUAUGAUUCAAAAGAGAUAUAUUUUAUCCACUUUGUUGUUCCAAAAUAUGUUAUAUUUUGUUAGAACUAAGCAAUAAAAACCAUUGACCUAUUACAUGGGUAGGUUAUGCAAGUAUAAUUAUCAGUUUCUUUUUAUCUACACAAUAGAUAUGUAACAAGUGUUCCUUUUCUAUACUGCCAAUAUUUACCAUUAUAAGACUAGUUUUCUUAUCAGAAUCAAUAGUUUGGGUAUUUGGCAGUUCCACUGGAUUACUCUGAGGCACAUUGGCAAGAAGUUGAGUAAUGUCUUGGAUAAAUUUUACAGAAGAUAAAAAAAAUACCAACAAAAAAUGACUGUAUAAUGACUCUUGUAUAAAGAUUUUAGUAUAUA